AUUCGUUGCUUCAUUUUUCAGAUAUGAUUAUUACAACGUAGUUUCCCUACUUACUUGGUAACAUCGCACAUUUUUUAAAGAUAUUUAAAUCAAUUGAGUGACAUAAUUCCGGUCUAACCGCUCCUGUGCUUACGCAUUGACAUUUAGCUCAUUCCUUUUUCGUGCGCGGUAACUAUCGCACGCGCCCUUCAAGCAACAUGCCGAAAAGAAGUGCGCAAUCAAAAAUUGAUCACUACACUAGAAAAAUUCGAAAAAUUGAGGAAAAAGAACGAAAAAGACGGAGAAUAAUACCGUUACAAAUAUCAUCAUCAGAAGAUGAAGGUAACGAACACUCGGAUGUGGCUCAAGUAGUCGAGAUGGAAACCAACAUGGAUUCAAUAUCCGUGCCACCGGACAUUAUACCACAAGAUGGAGAAUUGGAAUUUAAAGAUACCCUCGACGAUACUGCGGCGGAAUCCUGCCCUCGAGAAAACUCCACUGGGUUCGUAGAACCCGAAUUAGAUCCGGAUUUAUUGUCGGCAUUAGGUGAAUCCACGUCCGACUUGCCUGAUUAUGGCGAAAGCAUCCACUCCAAUUUAUCGCAAUUAUGGCAACCUUUGCUAAAGAAAGGAAUGCCAAAAGAGAAUAAAGACAAGCUAUUGAAAGAGUACCUUGUACCAGAUAACUGUAGGCUCUUGCAAGCACCAAAACUAAAUGCUGAAAUUUCAGCAGCAGUACCGGAUAUGGUUCGAAACCGUGAUAAGACACUUAUCGCGUCUCAACAACAGCUAGGUGCCGGCAUCACUGCCAUCAAUAGAGGCAUGGAUGUACUCUUGAAGAACGACAACAAGGUCCAGGCUAUGAAACAUUUCAGCAAUGGUUGCCGGUUAUUGUGCGACUCAAGGCCGCCAUCGGCAGGGAAUCGCCGCCCGAACUCAGCGUCUACGCAACCAACACACCGUCCGGCGACCCAAGACAAAUCUCGAGCCCCAGCUGCGAGUCACCGUUAACGCAGGGCAUACCACCCCCUGCACAAGAAUCUUACCCUGGGUGUCGCGAGGCUCUCCGGCAGGCUUACAGCCGACGGGGCGCCUGUGCUGAAUCGGCUGCGCUGAUGCUAUCGUCCUUCUCCAACAGUACAAUUCAGCAGUAUAACACAUCACUUAAGCUCUGGUGGCAAUACUGUACAACAAACAAUAUUGAUAUAUUUAAUCCUCCUAAAAGUUCGUUACUCUCAUUCUUAGCGACACAAUUUAACAACGGAUGUGCGUAUGGCAGUCUAAAUUCCCAUCGUUCGGCUUUAUCUGCCUUUAUCGGUGAUAAUAUUGGUUCAAACGAAUCUAUAAAACGUCUUCUUAAAGGUGCGUUUAAACUACGACCCGCGAAACCCAAGUACUCCACCACUUGGAAUCCUCAAUUGGUGUUAGAUUUUAUUUCAACUUGGUUUCCUAACAGUGAGCUACCACUAGAAAAGAUUACUAAAAAACUAGUCAUAUUAUUAGCUAUUUGUACAGCUCAUAGAGUACAGACCCUCUCUUUAAUUAAACUCGAGAAUAUACAUAGUUCAAACGAUGGCAUGAAAAUUGUCAUCACAGAUCUUAUCAAAACAUCAGCACCCGGUAGGGAACAGCCAGUUUUAUACCUGCCAUACUUCCGAAACAAUUUACGGAUUUGCCCAGCUACAGUACUCUCAGAUUAUAUUUCUAGUACUAAAAAUAUAAGACCUGAGAGUACAAACACUCUAUUGAUGACAUACAAACGACCACACAAACCUGCUACAACACAAACCAUCAGCCGAUGGAUCAAACAAGUACUGUUCGAGAGCGGCGUAGACAUCGGCGUAUUCGGUGCUCAUAGCACCAGGCAUGCAUCCACCUCGGCUGCCAGCUUAGCCGGGGUUAACAUAGAAACCAUUCGCAAAACCGCAGGGUGGACAAACUCAUCUACCGCAUUUGCCCGGUUUUAUAAUAGGACCAUUAUAAAUGAAGGUGAUUUUGCUAGAUCCGUAUGCCUGUCAUCAGAAGCCCAAUGAAUACUAUUUUUUUUUUUUUCUCUUGGUUGAUUGUCUCUAUUACAAAAUGAUUGUUUAAUUUAAGAAUAGUUUAAGUACCUAUAAGAUAAAACUGUUAGCAGGAUAACAUUUAAGUUCGCAUAAACAAUUGAAUUACAUUCUUUAUUGUAAGACUGAUUGGUUUAAUACAUAAAACAAUAAUGUUAGCAACAUUAUCGUUUCAUUUAUCUAUUUCCUGUUCCAAAACUUUCUGACUCUUAACAUCUACGUUGUAAUAAUCAUAUCUGAAAAAUGAAGCAACGAAUUAUAAUAUAUGAUCAAACGAACUUGCAAGUGAA